GCCGGAAGCCGGAAGUGCGGCUGGCGCAGGAGCCCAGCAUGGAAGAAUUUAAAGCUGCAAGCCCACUGGAGGAGUCACUGAAUCACCUGAAGCUGUCGGAUCAGAAGGCUCCAGAGACUGCCCCCAGAGAUGGCCAGAGCCUGGGCAGGGGCUGUGCCCCCUCCCCAGGCCAGGAUCCCACAGAGGAGUGUUUCCAUGACUGUCACGACUCCUUUGGGGCCAAGGGAGCUGUGCUGGAUGAUGAAGGGAACGUUCAGGAUGACGGGAGUAGCUCCAGGAAGCAGACAGAGCUAGAGGAAGAAUACUUGCUAGAACUAGAGAAAGAUAUGCCAGAGGAGGAGAAACAGAAAAGAAGAAAGGAGAGCACGGGGCUGAAGGAGAAAGGAAAUGAGCACUUCAAGAAAGGAGACUAUGGAGAGGCAGAAGACUCCUACACCAAGGCCCUGCAGGUCUGCCCAGCCUGCUUCCAGAAGGACAGGGCUGUUCUGUUCUCAAACAGAGCUGCUGCAAAAAUGAAACAGGACAAGACAGAGGCUGCCCUGAGUGACUGCACCAAAGCUGUGGAAUUAGACCCUCACUAUGUCAGAGCUUUGCUGAGGAGAGCAGAACUCUAUGAAAAAACAGAAAAAUUAGAUGAAGCUCUGGAAGAUUAUAAGGCAGUCCUAGAAAAAGACCCCUCAGUUCAUCAAGCCAGAGAAGCUUGCAUGAGAUUACCACAGCAAAUUGAGGAGAGGAAUGAAAAAUUAAAGAAAGAAAUGUUGGGCAAACUGAAGGAUCUGGGCAAUUUGGUGCUGCGUCCCUUUGGCCUGUCAACAGAGAACUUCCAGAUCAAACAGGAUUCAUCUACUGGCUCCUACUCCAUCAACUUUGUUCAAAACCCCAACAACAACAGAUAACAUGGAUUCAGUGUGGCUCUGCACAUCCCGUGCCAGGAUCCAGCAAACCAACAGCCUCCACCCCCAGGGCAAGAGGAGACUCAGCAAACUCAUUUCCCAGCUUGUGAAAUUAUUUGCAAUGUGGAUGUAAAGCAACUCAUUCAACUUCUCAUAGUGAUAA